CAUAGUUGUGUGCAUGUGCAUGCACAUGCAAGUCUAGCAUGACUGCGUCCAGCAGCGCCUAUUCCCCUCCUCCUCUAGUGGUGUGGGACUUUGACUGGUCGCUCGUCAACGAGAACUCCGACACGUUCAUCGUCAAGGCGCUCGAUCCCACCGGCUCGAUCCUGGCUGCCGCCGAGCGCAAGCUCAGCGAAGGCAUGCAGUGGACGGCGCUGAUGGAUUGGGUGGCAGGGCAGCUCAGCGCGGCGGGACACGACGCAGAGGCGAUGGAGGCGGCGCUCCGCCGCAUACCGGUGCUCGGCCGCAGCCUUGCCGCGGUCGAAACUGCGCGCAGCCACGGCGCUGAGCAGCGGAUCCUCUCCGACGCAAACGCGCUGUACAUCCGCUGGACCCUCCGCGCUCUCGGGAUCGCUGAUGCCUUCAGCGUGAUCGAGACCAACGGCGCUGCCGUCGACCCGGCUGGCCGGCUGCACAUCUCGCCACACCAGCCGCCACACGCAGCCCACGGCUGCAGGCUCUGCCCGCCCAACCUGUGCAAGGGCGCCGUGCUCGAGCGCUGGCUGCGCGAGGGCGAGGGCGAGGGGAGGGCGCGCCGCUGCGCCUACGUCGGCGACGGCGGCGGCGACUUUUGCCCCGCGCUGCGCUUGCGGCGCGGGGACGCACUGUUCGCGCGCCAGCCGCCGCACGACGGGCUGCUGCGAAAGUGCCGCGCCGGCGGCGGCGUCGAGGCGGCCAUCACGGAGUGGAGCGAGCGCGACGACGGCGCGGCGCUGCACGACGGCCUGCGCGACUUCUUGGUCAACGGAAAAAGAGAGGGCGGCGGUUGCGGGAUCGUGUGACGCGCGCCUUGUGUGGCUGUGACUGAGAGUGUCCAGCGCUAGCGAGACACGAGACCUCGAGACGGAAAAUACUGAAAGUCUUACAAAUAUGGCAG